AUGGCGACACCGAACCCCGUCCAAAAUAUGCCCAUCCCACCAGAAGAGCGCCUCGCUCUCGAACAACAAGCCCGAUACCAGCGCAUAACACGUAACCUAGCCAUCGGCGGCCUCGUAAUAUGCCCAAUAAUAGCCAUACUCCCACCACGAAAACUAGACCUCUAUACAUUCUCUCUAGGCAUCGGCUUCUACCUCUCCGCCGAUCAUCUCAUCACACUACGAACAGGCCGCGGCCUCGUACAAAACCUCAGUCCAGUGCGAGCCAUGGAACUACCGACCGAACGCGCAAAGGAGAUGCAGAAGAUAUUGCAAGAGGAAAGGGAAAAGAGUCGGAGGACACUGGAGCGGAAGGAAGGGCAAGAAAAGGGUAUACUUGGGAAGCUGUGGAUGGGUGAUGAGGAGGAGGGUUGGAAGGAGCGGCGAUUGGAGGAAGAAAAGAAAGCCAUCGAAGAAGGAAAGAGUUAUGGUGAUAUGAUAUUUGAACAGAUUUGGGAGGUUUGGAAUUGGGACAAGAAGAAGGGAAAGGACGGCGAGAACAAGAAGGAGUGA